ACAAUGCUGGAGAGAUAGCGAGCUUUGGGUUGAGAGAAAGAGUCUGGGUGAGAAAGAGGGAGAGAGAGAGAAAGACAAGAGGGGGGAGGAAACACAAAUAAAAGGAGGGAAACGAGGGAAAAAAAGCCCGUCCACUGGUUCCCCCCUCCCAGAUCUCUCUCCCCCCAACACCAUCAAAGCAGCGUCCGCAGGACUUGGCACCCAUGCGAUCCAAAGGCAGAGCCAGAAAGCUGGCCACAAAUGAAUGUUUCUAUCAGAGUUUCCCUGAGAUUCCAGUGGAAGAAACACCUGAAAAUGAUGGAGAGCCAAGCACUUUGUCACUCAAUAUCUGUGAACGGUCUUCUCCAGCAACAUCAAGUGAAGCCUUCACACCAAAGGAGGGAUCUCCUUACAAAGCUCCAAUAUAUAUUCCUGAUGACAUCCCAAUUCCAUCAGAGUUUGAGCUUCGAGAAUCAAAUAUUCCUGGAGCCGGAUUAGGAAUAUGGACAAAAAGGAAGAUUGAAGUAGGUGAAAGAUUUGGACCGUAUGUAGGAGAACAUCAUCGAAGUCUUAAAAACACCAAUAAUGGAUGGGAGAAUGUGGUCACUUAA